UCAUUCAUUCAGAUCUAGGAUGUGUUAUUUUGUGUUCCCUUUAUUUUUUUGAGCAGUGUAUAUCCUAAUUCCUAUUUCCUGAAGGUGUUCUUCAAAGCCGGGCUCUUGGGUCUACUAGAAGAGAUGAGGGAUGACAAACUGGCCACUCUCAUCACCAUUACUCAAGCCUUGUGUCGGGGCUUCCUCAGAAGGAAGGAGUUUCAGAAAAUGAUGGAGAGGAGAGAGUCCAUUUAUAUUGUCCAAUACAACAUUCGCUCCUUCAUGAAUGUGAAACACUGGCCAUGGAUGAAGCUUUACUUUAAGAUCAAGCCACUCUUGAGGAGUGCUGAGACGGAGAAGGAGAUGGCCAUGAUGAAAGUGGAGUUCGCCAAGUGUAAGGAGGAUUUAGCCAAAGCUGAGGCUAAGAGGAAGGAACUGGAAGCCAAAAUGGUUUCCCUGCUUCAGGAGAAGAAUGACUUGUGUCUGCAGAUUCAGUCUGAAAGUGAGAGUCUGGUAGAUGCAGAGGAAAGAUGUGAGGGCCUGAUUAAGAACAAGAUUUUGCUGGAGGCAAAGACCAAAGAACUCAGCGAGAGACUGGAGGAUGAGGAGGAGGUGAACGCCGAGCUGACCUCCAAGAAGAGGAAGCUGGAGGACGAGUGCUCUGAGCUGAAGAAAGAUAUUGAUGACUUGGAGCUCACCUUGGCUAAAGUGGAGAAGGAAAAACAUGCCACUGAAAACAAGGUGAAGAAUCUGACUGAGGAGAUGUCUUCUCUUGAUGACACCAUCGCCAAGAUAUCCAAGGAGAAGUUGGCUCUGCAGGAGGCCCACCAGCAGACACUGGAUGACCUGCAAGCAGAGGAAGACAAAGUCAACUGUUUGACCAAAGCCAAGAUCAAGCUGGAGCAACAAGUCGAUGAUCUUGAGGGCUCUCUGGAACAAGAAAAAAAGAUACGGAUGGAUAUUGACAGAGCCAAAAGAAAGCUUGAAGGAGAUCUGAAAUUAACUCAAGAAUCCAUAAUGGAUUUGGAAAAUGACAAGCAGCAGCUAGAGGAACGCCUUAAAAAGAAAGACUUUGAAUUCAGCCAACUUGUAGCCAAAAUUGAGGAUGAGCAGAGUCUGGCUGUGCAAUCUCAGAAGAAGAUCAAGGAGCUUCAGGCCCGCAUUGAAGAACUGGAAGAGGAGAUUGAAGUGGAGCGCGCUGCCAGGGCUAAGGUGGAAAAGCAAAGGUCUGACCUCUCCAGGGAGCUUGAGGAGAUCAGUGAGAGGCUGGAGGAGGCCGGAGGAGCCGCCGCCGCUCAGAUAGAGAUGAACAAGAAGCGAGAGGCCGAGUUUCAGAAACUGAGACGAGACCUCGAGGAGUCGACCCUCCACCACGAGGCCACCGCUGCAGCUUUAAGAAAGAAACAUGCUGACAGCGUGGCUGAGCUGGGAGAGCAGCUUGACAACCUUCAGCGGGUCAAACAGAAGCUGGAGAAGGAGAAGAGUGAGUACAAGAUGGAGAUUGAUGACCUGUCUGGCAAUAUAGAGGUCAUGGUCAAAUCAAAGAUUAACUAUGAGAAGCUGUGUCACUCUCUGGAAGACCAACUGAGUGAAUACAAGACAAAACAUGAGGAGAACACUCGUCUGAUCACUGAAAUAAAUGCUCAAAGGGCCAAACUUCAGAAUGAAAAUGGUGAGUUUUCUCGUCUUCUUGAGGAGAAAGAAGCGAUACUCUCUCAGAUGUCGAGGGCUAAGCUGGCCUUCUCUCAGCAAAUUGAGGAGCUGAAGAGGCAUGUUGAAGAAGAAACAAAGGCUAAGAAUGCGCUGGCCCAUGCACUCCAAUCUGCCCGUCACGACUGUGAUCUGCUGAGGGAGCAGUUUGAGGAGGAGCAGGAGGCCAAGGCUGAACUCCAGAGAGCAAUGUCCAAGGCCAACAGCGAGGUGGCCCAGUGGAGAACCAAAUAUGAGACUGACGCCAUCCAGCGCAAUGAUGAAUUGGAAGAAGCCAAGAAGAAGCUUGCCCAACGUUUGCAGGAGGCUGAGGAGAACGUCGAGGCUGCGAAUGCCAAGUGCUCAUCUUUGGAGAAGACGAAGCAGAGGCUGCAGGGAGAGGUGGAGGACCUCAUGGCUGAUGUGGAAAGGGCAAAUGCUCAAGGAGCUGGCCUGGAUAAAAAGCAGAGAAGCUUUGAUAAGAUUCUGUCGGAUUGGAAGCAGAAGUAUGAAGAGAGUCAGGCUGAGCUGGAUGGAUCACAGAAGGAGUCCCGCCACCUCAGCAAUGAGCUCUUCAAAAUGAAGAACUGUUACGAGGAAGUUUUGGAGCACCUUGAAGUCCUCAAACGAGAGAAUAAAAACCUGCAACUGGAAAUUUCUGAUUUGACUGAACAACUCGGAGAGAAUGGUAAAGCCAUCCAUGAGCUGGAGAAGACUAAGAAACAAACUGACAUUGAGAAGACAGAGAUCCAGACUGCUUUGGAAGAAGCUGAGGCCUCUCUGGAACAUGAGGAAUCCAAAAUUCUGCGUAUCCAGCUGGAACUCACUCAAGUCAAGGGAGAGGUUGAUCGCAGGCUGGCUGAGAAGGAUGAGGAGAUCGACCAGAUGAAACGCAACCACCAGCGCAUUGUCGAAACAAUGCAGUCCGCACUAGAGGCUGAGACACGCAGCAAGAACGAUGCCAUGAGAAUCAGGAAGAAGAUGGAGACCGACCUCAAUGAGAUGGAGAUCCAGCUGAGCCACGCCAAUCGGCAGGCCGCUGAAGCCCAGAAGCAGCUGAGGAACAUGCAAGCCCACCUUAAAGAACAAAUCCUUCACCUGGAUGAGGCACUGCGGAGCCAGGAGGAGCUGAAGGAGCAGGCGGUCAUGGUGGAGCGCAGGAGCAGCCUGAUGCAGGCCGAGGUGGAGGAGCUCAGGGCUGCUAUGGAACAGUCAGAAAGAAGCCGCAAAUUAGCUGAACAGGAACUGGCUGAUGCUUGUGAGAGAGUAGGGCUACUGCACUCUCAGAACACAAGUCUCCUCAACUCCAAGAGGAAACUGGAUGCAGAAGUCAGCCAGCUGCAGGGCGAGAUGGAGGAUGCAAUCCAAGAAGCUCGCAAUGCAGAGGAAAAAGCCAAGAAGGCAAUCACUGAUGCAGCCAUGAUGGCAGAGGAGCUGAAGAAAGAGCAGGACACCAGCAGCCACUUGGAGAGGAUGAAGAAGAACCUGGAGGCCUCUGUGAAGGAUCUGCAGCACCGUCUGGAUGAGUCUGAGAACCUGGCUUUGAAGGGGGGCAAGAAACAGCUCCAGAAACUGGAAGCUCGGGUGCGUGAACUGGAGGGUGAAGUGGAGAGUGAACAGAAGAGAGCUGCUGAUGCCAUCAAGGGGAUCCGUAAAUAUGAGAGGAGAGUGAAGGAGCUCACUUACCAGACUGAAGAGGACAAGAAGACUGUUUUGAGACUGCAGGACCUAGUAGACAAGCUGCAACUCAAAGUCAAGGCGUACAAACGGCACAAUGACGAAGCUGAGGAGCAGGCCAAUGCUCACCUUGCUAAGCUGAGGAAGGUGCAGCAUGAGCUGGAAGAGGCACAGGAGAGGGCAGACAUUGCUGAGUCCCAGGUCAACAAGAUGAGAUCCAAGAGCAGAGAGUUUGGAAAGGCUGCUGAAUCUGAGUAGACCUCGCAGCGAUGACACAGACGGCAUCCUCUAUCCAAGUUCUUAGCACAAGUAGAAACUCACCAGAGUCAACAAAUGUUAUUCUCCGCUGUGAGAUUGUAGAAGAUUAAAGUGGUGUGAAGCA